AUGACGCAAUAUGUAAAUGUUACGAGGGAUAUGAACUUAUUGGAUUGUCACAAUAAUGAAGGCUCGUUUACUUGUUCAUGCCCUCAUGGAUUAGUUGGAGAUCCAUUCAAACAAGGAUGCAAACAGCCAGGUGACUGUUUUACAGAUACUGAUUGUCCUAAUACUGCAGCUUGUAUAGAUAAUACUUGUCGUGAUCCAUGCUCCAUUUCUGAAACCUGUGGUCACAACGCUGAAUGCCAAAUGCAUGACCACACACCAACUUGUAAAUGUCCUGGACAGACUUUUGGAAAUCCUAAAAUAGAGUGCAUACAAUUUGAAUGUAAUCACCACAGUGAAUGUGGACCAUCUAGUACUUGUUAUGAUCACAAGUGUAUAGAUCCAUGCUCUGUACCAAAUGCUUGUGGAAUCGGGGCAGACUGUUCUCCACUUAAUCAUAGUUAUGUUUGUACUUGUCAACCUGGAGGUACCGGAGAUCCAAAUCUCGGGUGUACGCCAGUGCAAUAUUGCAAAGUUGACCAUCAGUGUCCAAUUGGAUCCUCUUGUAAUGGCGGAAUAUGUACGGCGUUAUGUACAAGUACUAGGGAUUGUAUUGGUGAUCAAUUAUGUAUAAGAGGUUUGUGUCAACCAACCUGCAGACAUAACUCAAGUUGUCCAGAAUAUCAAUACUGUUUAAAUAAUAUUUGUGUACAAGAGCAUCGUUGUCUCUCCGAUAGUGAAUGUAAUCAGGAUGAGAAAUGUAUUAAUAAUAACGUAGGGCAAUCGGAAUGUCAAAAAGCAUGUAAUUUGAUCCUUUGUGGUCGAAAUUCUGAAUGUAAAGCAGAAACCCACGAUGCGUAUUGUUCCUGCAAAAAAGGAUUUUUCGGUGAUCCUAAAAAUGACAAAAUUGGAUGCCAGCCUAUUGAAUGUAGUUCACAUGAAGAUUGUACUGAUGAAAAAUUAUGCGAAUCACACAGAUGCCGAAUCGCUUGCCUUGCACGCAAUCCUUGUGGAAAGCAUGCUAUUUGCUCUGCUAAACAUCAUUCACAAAUAUGCAGUUGUCAACCUGGUUAUACUGGUGAUGCCACAGAAGGGUGCUAUCUGAUUGAUCAUUGCGCUGUAUUACCAUGUGCACCAGGUGCGGUCUGUGAAAAUUCACGAGGAACAUUUAGGUGCCAGUGCAAACAAGGAACUGUUGGAGAUCCAUAUAAUAGUGGCUGCCAUGAGCCAGAAAAGUGUCUAAUUGACGAAGACUGUCCACUUUCAGCAAAGUGUGUGAACAUAAAUAAUCGACACAAAUGUUUUGAUGUUUGUGCUGAUUUACAAUGUGGACCAAAUUCGGAUUGUGUCACCAAUGAUCAUGGGGGAGAUUGUCAGUGUUUAGUUGAUUAUGAAGGAGACGCUCAUGAUUUGAUCAUUGGUUGCAGGCCUAAGCCAAACACCCUGUAA